AUGGACGAUGACGUCGAUCGCGAGAACGCCGUGCGCGUCCUGAGCGAGGUCUUACACGUCGAUCGCGAACGGGCCGAGGAGAGAUUACGUUCGUGUGGAUGGAACCUACAGCGAGCGGUCGAGCUCGGAUUAGGCGGCGAGAGCGAGGCGAACGACGCACCGGUACCGAACGUCGGAGUGCGGCGACGACGAAACGCGAGGGACGAGGGAGGGACCUCGACGGCGGCGACGACGGCGACGGGGACGGCGCGGCGACGAGGCGACGGAGCGACGAGACGGGAGGGUGGUAUCGGGAACCCGCUUUCAUUCGUCGCCGCCGUGGGCGUGGGCAUCGUCCGCGCGGUGGUGAAACUAUCGGUGAGCGCCAUCGACGUCGCACUUCGCAUCGCGCUCCCGUCGGAGGUGUACGCGCGACUAUCGAGUCCGCUCUUGCGUCUCGCGUUCGGAGAGCGCUCGGUGACAGCGGCGACUCACACGCGGCGCCGACGGCAAGUGCGCGGUAUCGAAAACGACGACGCGUCGGAGGCUCGAGCCACGGAGUUCAGCGCGUGGUUUUCGGAUUCUUUUCACCCGGAAGAUCCCACGGUUGGAAUCCGCUUCAUGCAACUGUCUCACAGAGAAGCGCUGCAGUUCGCUCGUCGUGAGACAAAGUUACUCUUCGUGUACUUACAUUCUCCGUUACACCACGAGUCUGAGGUUUUCUGUUCGCAAGUCCUCACCUCGCCGCUCAUCGCGGCGUACGUGAACGAGAAUUUUGUUGCGUGGGGAGGAAAUGUUCUCGACGGAGACGCGCGCGCGUUGGCGAACGGAAUUGAACCUGCGUCUUACCCGUUCGUGGCAAUCUUGGAUUCGGUAAGUGGGAGUGAAACGAGUCUCGUGAUGUCGUGCGAGGGAUUCACCGACGCUCCAACAUUGAUUGGGGCGUGUGAUGAAGCGCUGAACGUGCAAAACAGCAGCUUGGAUAGUGCUCGCGCGCGCGUCGCCGAAGUGGAUGCGAGUCGCCGACUGCGAGAAGAACAAGAAGCUGCGUUCGCAGAAUCACUCGCGCGUGAUGCAGCGCGCGAGAGGGAAGUCGAGGCAAAGCGUGCGCAGGAAGAGGCUGAGUGCGCGCGCGUCGCCGAAGAGGAGAGACUUGCAGCCGAAGCGAAACAAAGAGAGGAGGAAGCUGAACGGGCGCGCCAGGAAGAGAUUGAAUCACGACGCGUUGAGAAGACGAAACGCCUUCGUGAGGAACCGGAAGAAGGCGCCGAAGGAGUGUCUAAGCUCGCGAUUCGUCUGCCCGACGGCUCCAGAGCCGAGCGGAGGUUUCGCGGCUCGGACCCGAUUUCCGACGUGUAUGACUUUGUCGAUACACUGGAGGGUUUAGACGAAGUGCGAUACAGCCUGAUUACGAACUUUCCGCGGAGAACGUUCGGAAGAGGGGAAAAAGUCUCGCUCGCUGACUGCGGUGUUCACCCGAACGGAGCUCUUUUCGUGGAAACCGAAAAGUGA